CAGCACUUCCUCUUUGGGUUAUACCCAAACCAAAAAUGAACACCAACAACGCUCUCACUGCUCUCCCUCCCUCUCCCCCCAUGUUUCUUCCAUACCCCUCCACGCUAUUGCAUUCCCUUCAUUAGCAUUCACCUUCUCCAUCUCCCCCUCUAUCUUUCUCCCUCUGUCCCCCGCCAUGGAUCCUUGCCCCUUCGUGCGCCUAACCGUUGGUAACCUCGCCCUCAAGAUUCCCGUUGCUUCUAAGCCCGCACGCUCCCUCGUUCACCCUUCUUCUUCUCCAUGCUUCUGCAAGAUCAAGCUCAAAAACUUUCCUCUCCAAUCUGCACUCGUCCCCUUCAUCCCUCCCGAUACCCACUUCCCCGACUCCCAGGUUCAGCCCAUCGCUGCCACCUUCCACCUCAGCAAGUCUGAUCUCGACAGGCUUGCCGGGAAAUCCAUCUUCGCCGGCAAACUCUGCCUCAAAAUAUCCAUCUACACCGGCCGCCGCGGCACCACCUGCGGCGUCAACUCUGGGAGGCUUCUGGGCAAAGUGUCCGUGCCGUUGGAUCUGGCGGGAACCGUAGCCAAGGCUAUGGUGUUCCACAAUGGGUGGAUUACGGUGGGAAAAGAAGCCAAAGGCUCUUCCGCGCAGUUCCAUUUGAAUGUGAAAGCCGAACCAGAUCCCAGAUUCGUCUUCCAGUUCGACGGCGAACCAGAAUGCAGCCCCCAAGUUUUCCAGAUCCAAGGCAAUAUUUCGCAACCCGUCUUCACCUGCAAGUUCAGUUUCAGAAACACCGGUGACCGCAAUCAACUUUCCAGAUCGUUACAGUCAGAACCGGCUAGUUCUAGAAGCUGGUUAAGUUCGUUCGGAAGCGAGCGCGAGCGUCCGGGAAAGGAACGUAAGGGAUGGUCCAUAACGGUUCACGAUCUUUCAGGUUCACCGGUUGCUGCUGCUUCCAUGGUCACGCCUUUCGUUGCUUCACCCGGUUCAGACCGGGUCAGCUGCUCCACUCCCGGUUCGUGGCUCAUUCUUCGACCGGGCGACGGCACCUGGAAGCCCUGGGGAAGGCUCAAGGCGUGGCGCGAGCGCUGCGGUUCCGACGGCCUCGGCUACCGCUUUGAGCUCAUACCCGACACCAACGGUGGCAUGAGCGCCGCCGGCAUAGUCCUCGCGGAGUCAACGCUGAGUACAAGAAAAGGAGGAAAGUUCGUGAUUGAUUUGAGUAGCUGCGGCAGCCUCGGCGGCGGAUCCAACGGGCGUGCGACGCCGGGGAGUGCGACGUCGCCGGUUUGCAGUCCUAGGAGUAGCGGUGACUAUGGAUAUGGUCUUUGGCCUUAUUGUAUGUACAGAGGGUUCGUGAUGUCGGCGAGAGUGGAGGGUGAGGGAAGGUGCAGCAAUCCUACGGUGGAGGUGAGCGUGCCACACGUGAACUGCACGGAGGAUGCGGCGGCGUUUGUGGCGUUAGCCGCAGCGGUUGAUCUGAGCGUGGAUGCUUGCAGGCUUUUCUCUCAACGGUUGAGGAAAGAGCUCUGCCAGCAGCUGGAUUUGCUUGGCUGAUUGCGCAGUUUUCUCGCUGUCGUUUCGUGCUUUUGCCCCUGUCGUUUUUCAAAUUUUUUUUAAGGGGGUUUUGUUCAUUUUGAGUGAGGCGUUUUACUGGUACUACUAACAAACAAUUUACAGGCUGUACAGGGAUGAGAGUAUUAGAGUGGGCGCUGCUGUGUAUUCACGUGUGGCUUUUCAUUGAUUUUCUCUCUCUUUUUUUCAUCAAUUAUGGGAAAUCAAGAAAAAGCUUUUUGUUUUUAUAUAUUUUUUAGCAACAAUGCUGCACAUUCGUGUUUAUAUCCUUUUUGAGUAAUUUAAGCUGUAAGUACCGCUUUGUCAAUAAAUUGAUAAAUUUAGAUGUCUGGCCACCCAUUACUGC